AUGUCUGAGAAAACCAUAAAUUUUGCUUCUCGUGAUUUUCGGGCAAUAAUUGCCUAUUGUUAUCGGCGCGCGCUGACGGCACAGGAGGCGACAGAUGAAAUUAAUGACACAUUGGGAUCAAAUACUGUUAUUUACUCUACAGUAACGCAUUGGUAUCGAGAGUUCAAAUUUGGUUGUACCUCACUUGAGGAUAUGCCGAAGUCAGGUCGACCUCGAGAAGUGACCACCGAUGAAAAUGUGGCCAGAAUUCGGGAACUACUUCAAGUAGAUCCACGAAUGACACUAAUACAGAUGGCAUAUACAUUGAAUAUUUCAACCGAGAGAGUCCAUCAUAUUCUACACAAUUAUCUUAAUGCAAGACAUGUUUGUGUCAAAUGGGUACCCCACGUGCUGUCAGCCGACCAAAUGGCCACUCGUGUUAAGAUCUGCCGGGAAAACCUAAAGAUAUUUUCGGAUGGCGGAGAUCACUUUAUUUAUCGAUUAGUGACUGGUGAUGAAACAUAUGUGUACUUUUAUGACAAUUUAAACAGUAAAGAAGCAAAGUUAUGGGUCAUAGAAGAUGAAGAGAUCCCGAAGUUAGCCAAACGUGAAGUGCAUGUAAAAAAGAUAAUGUACGCCAUUUUUUUCGCUCAACCGGUAUUGUGA